UCAAUCGGGAAAUGCACACUUGUGCAAAUUCUGCAUCGCUGAGGAUCCGUGCCCAAUAACAAUUAGGCAUCUCCAGACAAACGGUUAAGAUUGAAUGGAGACAACAGCUCAAAACUCCAUUUUUGAUGGUUAAAGGUGGCUUGAGAUUGAGGAAAAUUCGAUUAUGCACCGAAAAGAGCCGGCACUUAAAUAGAGCUUCCAUUGACCCGUUUACUCUUCGAAAUAAAGGGCAGAAGGAGGAACACAGCCUCUCUCCUGUUUCGGUCUUCUAACUCUUCGUCCCUCCCUUCGUCCCUCCCUUCGUCCCUCGAAGCUGUAGGGUGAAAAAAAAAAAAAAGAUCCAUCUUUUUCGCUUCUUCCGCCUUCACAAGAUGAACGGCGGACCAUCUGGAUUCCAUAAUGCUCCAGUCACGAGAAUCUUCGUCUUCGCGACCGCUCUCUUUACAAUCGUCUUUGGAGUCAAGGGCCGUUCUCCUCGGCUCGGACUACCGCAUCAGGACAUUAUCAACAACCUUCAAAUCUGGAGGGUUAUCUCUUCAAUGUUUGCCUUUUCGUCAACACCAGAGUUACUGUUUGGACUGUAUUUGCUCUAUUACUUCAGGAUAUUUGAGAGACAGAUAGGCUCUAAUAAAUAUUCAGUCUUCAUUUUAUUCUCUGUGAUAAUGUCAUUGUUGUUUGAGGUCCUAGCUUUGGUGCUUCUUAAAGAUCCCAACUUAGGUGUACUUGCAUCUGGACCAUAUGGUCUUAUAUUUGCUUCCUUUAUACCCUUUUACUUUGAUAUACCCGUUACAUCACGGUUCCGUAUAUUUGGUAUACACUUCAGUGACAAGUCUUUCAUAUAUUUCAUGGGCCUUCAGCUUCUUCUGUCAUCCUGGAAAUGGUCACUUGUACCUGGUAUAUGUGGUAUACUUGCUGGUUCCUUGUAUCGUCUAAAUGUGUUUGGCAUCCGCAGGAAAAAGUUUCCAGAAAUGGUAGCAUCAUUUUUCUCAUGGUUAUUCAUGUCCUCUUCUACAAGCUCAUCACGCACAACAUCAAGUAGGAAUGUAAUAGGAAGUGUACCUUCUUAUGCUGCUCGUCAAGUACAGCGAAAUUAUCCUUCCUCUGUGCAUGCUCCUGUUCCAGAGCCACCGGAGUCUUCUGUUGCUACAUUAGUAUCCAUGGGCUUUGACAGCAAUGCUGCCAGACAGGCACUCUUGCGUGCUAGAAAUGACAUCAAUGUGGCCACAAAUAUGUUACUCGAAUCGCAGGCUCGAUAGUUGAAAUCACGUUGUCAGAAAAUGGGGUGCAGGGUCAUGUAUGAUUCCAGAAAAGACUCAUAGCCCCACGGAUAUAACGACAGAAGAAAACCAUUGUAUUGAUUGUGGCUCUUAGCCCUUAUCACGUAUGUUCACUAACGGGUGUUACCCUGGUUCAGUGUUUCCAUUUGGCAGUGAGAAACUCAUUCAUCGGUACUAGUGGGUGCUGUUAUAUUAUAUAUCGUCGAGAGGGUGACCCUGCAAUAUUCCUUUGUCCAAAUACUGAGAUGGAUGCUGAUGGUCAACCAAUGUCAAUGAUGGCUACCAUAAUGUAAAUUUUUUUGAGGUUUUAAGAUAAGCACCAGCGACAUGUUUGUUACUGCACUUGAGCUCACAUUAUAGUUCAAAAACUCUUGAUGCAUGCCAUUAUUUUGGGAAUAGAUUCAUGUCA